AUGUCUGAGAAAGCUUAUGCACAAUGGAUUAGUUCAUUUCCUAAAGUUGACGAUUUGAAUGGAAAUAUCAUGAAUCUUGAAGAUGGCAAAGCUUUAAUUCAAGUUUGGAAUUUUAUUCAAGAUGAAAAAGCCGAAAUUAGCGAUGAUUCAGUUAAAAAUGCUACCACACUUUUUGAAUGCAUCAGUAAAACAGAAUAUAAUAUCGGAUCUACAAAUUCUUCUCUUUCAAAAGAUCAAAUUAUCAAUAUCGUUCGAAUUUUAUAUUUAUUAGUAAACAAUUCUAAUCAUUCAUCAGAAAUCCAAGAAUGGACUUCAAAGUUAUCACGUGCUACCACAAUUUUCCUCAAAAAAAUCAAUAAAGAUAUGAUUCAACAAGAAACAACAGAAACUCACAAUAACAGUAACAGUAAUACUAACCAAGAAGUAUCAAAACGUCUCAAAAUGAUUGAAAAACUUAAGAAACAAAUAAAAGACUCAGAACAAAAAAUUAUUGACAUCAAGCAACAAGAAAAAGAUACAAAGAAUAUCCAAAAAACUAUAGAAACUACAGAAGAACUCAUAAUUCAUGUAGAAAACAAUCAAAAAGAAAUUCAAAAACAAAUUACAGAAGCAGAAGAGCGAUACAAGCUUAUUAAGACAGAAAUCGAGUCAUACAAGAAUGAUAUAUCACAGUUAUCAUCAGAAAAUUCAUCUUUUACCAAAAUAAUAAAUUCAUCAAAUGAAUUUGCUGUUUUAUCAACAAAUUAUCGCAAAUUCAAGGAUUACAGAUCUAAGAUAAACAAACUUAAAGAAGAAAUAAAGAAUUUACAAGAGAAAAAUUCGAAUUUCCAAAAACAAAUCACAGAAACACAAGAAAACAUUCAAACAGCAAUCGAAAUAGACCUCAAAUAUGAAAGUGAUAAUGAUAUAACAGUUGAUGACGAAGAAAACGCAUCAAAUAUCAAUGAUUUACUUUCAAUUGUUUCAGAAUUAGAAAUUCAAAUUCAAGAUAUCAAAAUUAAUGAUUAUUCAACAUCAAGCAUUGAGAAUGGACAUCUUUUGAAGACAAUUCAAGAACUUGAAGAAACGAAAACAGACUUACAAAACAAAUUCGAACAAAUUUCAACACAAAAGAAACAAUUACAGUUAUUAAUCAAGAGUAUUGCAGAUAAUUAUGACAACGCAACAGAAAACUGCAACAAUAUCAUUGAUUACGUUCAUUCCAAAAACAAAGUUGUUGCAAACAUGUCUUCAUUAACAUCAUUGCUCGAAAAGAAGUCAAUGAAGAAAAAUAUUAAUAUCCGAUACAGAGAAUACAUUUAUAACCAAGAUUAUCAAUAA